AGAAAAAACGCAGCGUCCGACGGCGGCACGCGUUCCCGCCGGAUCCCCCCUCGACGACGAGAACGGCGGCGCCGCGUGACGUCAAUCGGGGAGGGGUCGGCGAAGCAGCUGGCGUGGGUCACGGAUCAUCCACUGGUGUCGUGUCGCAGACGUCUGUCCUUCUCGUUCGCACCACAGUGGUCGCCGGUGACGCGUGUACGCAACGUAGUCGUUGUUAAUUGUUUUCGCGUGAAACCUCGCGCUCGAGACGCAGACGACGGCCGAAUUUCGUUUUACUGUCCUCCAACCGGACCGUGUAUCGCUACCGUCUGUGCGUCAUGAACGUCAUAGGCAACAUGUUCCUGUAUUUCGCGUACGGCAGUAACUUGCUCAGUCAGCGGAUCCACAUUAACAACCCGACCGCCGUGAGGAUCGGACCUGGUAAACUGAACGGGUACCGUUUAGAUUUUGAUUUACAAUCCAAAUUUUGGGAAGGAAGUGUUGCAACAAUAGUUCCAGAUGAAACAGAACACGUGUGGGGUGCUGUGUGGCAGCUGGAUGUUAGCGAUAUGAAGCAUCUGGACAAACAGGAAGCAAGUUAUUUGUCAUUUGAAGCAAAUGUAAUAAUGUCUGAUGGAAAUUCCACAUUGUGUCGCUCUUACAUGUUGAAAAAUCAUCUUAUUAAACAAAUUCCAUUACCACCUAAAAGAAGACCAUCCAAGAUGUAUCUGAAAACAAUACGACUGGGAGCAAACGAGAGUAGUCUACCAUUAGAUUAUAUUAAAUUCCUCAAUGAUAUACCCGAUAAUGGCAGAGAAGGUCCUACAAUGCCAUGGUCGAGUUCUUAGUUAAUAUUUUGAUUAACUUUGAAAUGUAACUUGAUCCUAGAAUUAGUACUAUUCAUGUUUACAAAUUAUUUUUCAAAACUACAAAAAACAAAAUUGAUGACAUUUUUGUAUUAAUAAAAUAAGGAUUGUUUCCAUUUUUAACAUAAAACAAACUACUGUCACAACUACAACAUUGACUAAUAUUAUUUUUAUAAAACUCUAUAAGACAGUGGUUUCCAAACUAUUGGGUCACACAUUCUCGAAACCAAAAAAAAUAAUCGCGCCUUACAAUAAAACAUUUUUCAUUAUUUUAAUAUAAGCAAAUUAUUGUCAAUCGAAUAAUAAAUAUAUGGUAGUGCAAUAUACAAUAUAAAUAUUUGCCUUGUGCCUCACAGUUUGGAUACUACUGCUAUAAGAGAUUAAAUUGUAGUUUAUAGAUUGAAGUUCAGUACAUAGAGUUCAUUAAUAAACAUCAGUAUAAUAUACUA